AUGCUCCCACUCGGCGGCGGCGUCGCACCGGCGCUCUUCCACUCGCGACCCACGCCCUCGCCAUCGACUUGCAAGGCCGCGUUCGAACACGACACGACUGCGACGGUGCUGUCGAGCCUGAUCAUCGCAGGACUCCUCCUCUCGUACGCACCGCAGUACAUCCGCAUCAUCCGCCACAAGAACAGCGAGGGCUUCUCGCCGCUCUUCCUCCUCUUGGGCGCAACCUCGUCUGCCAGCUCGUUGGGCAACAUCGUCACGUUGCAGUGGGGUCAGGUCGCCUGCUGCCAGUACCUGUCCAAGGGCCAGUGCGCCGAGUCGGUCCUCGGGAUCGCGCAGGUCUUCACCCAGUGGUUCUGCUUCUCCCUCAUCUUCAUCCUGUAUCUCGUCUACUACCCCCUCAGCUCGAAAUACGUCCGCUCAGUUCCUAUCGCAUCGUCCGCCCUCCCUCAACGUCAACGGAAACCCUUCCUCACCUCCCUCGUGCCCGACUUCAUGCGCACCACGACUCCCUCAAACCUGAUCCGUCCUUCGCGCUCCUCCGCCUCUCUCACAAGCGACGUCUCCUCAGCAGACGACGAGACAGACGACGAGCGCGCGUUCAAUCCCUCGACUUUCCUCCUCCCCGGCCAACUGCGCAGGGGGGAAAUCAUCCUCUCUUCCGAAUACCGCCACGCAGUCUCCCUCUUCCUCCUCACAGUCCUCCACUUCCUCCUCACCUUCCUCACAACCUUCAUCCUCCUCCUUACCCUCCCGAAAGCCGAGACGCCGCAUCAGGGAACGCCUUCCCCUUGGGAUCCCGUGCCGGGCAACGGAGGCGGACGGGAACACCCGAGCGAGAGGGCGGUCAGGGUUUGGGCGACGACGUUGGGACUCGUGAGUGUUGCGCUCGGGUGUGCCCAGUAUGCGCCGCAGCUCGUGCACACGGCGCGGAGGAGGCUCGUGGGAAGCUUGAGUAUCCCGAUGAUGAUGCUCCAGACCCCCGGCUCCUUCGUCUUCGUCUACACGCUCGCCAUCCGACCCGGCGUAAACUUCACAGGCUGGGCAACCUACUUUGUCACGGGCGUCCUGCAGGGAACGCUGCUCGUGUUGUGUUUGGUGUUUAGGCGGAGACAAGCGAGGGAGGGGGUGGACGAUUGGGGCGAACCGCUGCCUGGGCGGGAGGGAGAGGGGGAGCAGGGUGGGGCGAGGGGAGGGGAGAGGGAGAGGUUGUUGCGAUGA